AUGAAACGACUCUUUUCAGGCAAAUUCCUUGCAAAAACUCUUGUUUAUACAACUGCUCUUUCUUUUGUUGGCAUUAACUUCUUUACCCUUUCUCACACCAUCCGACAUGAACAUUGGGACCCUGUUCGUAAUGCUCCAAAGCCAAAGAGUGGCCUGUACAUGGAUGCACCACCUGAAAUUAAUGACUCUAGCAAGGAAUUGAAAUUAUUCUACACCUUGCACUCGAAUGAAGAUGUAACAAGCAAAAAAGACUUGUCAAAAUCUACAAACCAUGUAUCAUCAUCUUCGGAAUCAAAAAUACAGAACACAGAAAAGCCUAACGAAAAAAAAUUGGUCAUAUUCAUUCCCGAUAUUGCUGAAACUAGAGAGGUUUUUCAAGAUUUGGAAUACCAUUUAUUGCAUAGCAAGGAAUUGGAAUCAUCAACAACAUACACAUUGAGGUAUGAUCGAUAUGGAUACGGGUAUAGCGAUAUUGUUAAGGGACCUCGACAUUUACAUAACAUGAGCAUUGAGCUACACAAUUUAGUAGAGAAUGUACUCAAGAACAAUAUUAUUCAGAGCGAUGAAAAAGUGUCUAUCACCCUUGUAGGGCAUGGAUUUGGUGGCAUGUUAGCUCGAAUGUACCUCUACAAGUUUGCAAGCUCACUACAAACAGAAUACAAUGGAAAAGUGAACAUCUCUAAAAGUAUACUGAUAUCUCCUCUUCAUGAAAGAUUUAUCCAAUACCCUACAUUUUAUUUGGAUUACUUGGUUGAUUGGAAGGCACGAGGUCUGUACAAUAGGCUAUUCGCUUAUCAUGGAUUUAUGGAAUGGUUUUUCAAAUUGGUUCCAAAUUAUUCACUUGAGAGAGAGCUUAUAGAUCCAUUUGUUGAAUCCAUUUCUCCAGAGAUACCCAAUCCUGAAUGGACAGUCAAAUAUUCUGGAAGAGUUCCUCACACAGAUUACGAUGAUACACAUUUACUCUCAAGAGAGGAAAUGGCGAAGAGAAUGCAUUAUCAUUUGAGAAAUGAUAAUUUGUGGAAAACCAUUAGAAAUGAAACGACUUUAUUUAAAAGAUCAUGCGUGCAGUUGAAUGGAGCAAGAAAAAUAGCCGAAUCCCUAUCAGAUAGCGAACAUGUGGUACCAGUACAACAAGAAGAUGUUCCUUCUAACAAUGAAAAUUUAAGCAAUACUGUAGCGGUGGCUGAGCCCAUUAAUACUUCUGCUAUUGAUGUUCUGGUUGUAGACGUGAAUCAUGAUGCAGCCACUGAAACCAGAAUUGGACGAAAGGGCAUUCAACUGUUCUUUGAUAAGAAUAAUGAACUCUCUCAAACAGAUUUUAUGCAAGAUCUAAUUGAAGGCUAUUCCAAUAAGAGUAAGGUUGUGCCUCUCAAUAAUUACAAUCACUAUUCAGUACUGACUUCAACGGCUUUAGCUCAACAAGUUAUAGAUUUUGUGAAAAAGUAG